GCUAAUUCAAACUCUGGAAUAAGUAAGUGCCACCAAAGAUCGGCAUGCAUAAUUGCAGCCCAACAGGUGGUUGUUAUUACGUUGUUCCAGAGACUUUACAACUUACGAAGGUGUCCGAUUCUCUCUCUCCCUCUCUCUGCCACAUGUUCCUUCUGUAAAUAUGAUGAAUUCGUUUAAAUCCAACACAAUUUCGGUUCUAGUGCACUUGAUUUUUGUUAAAGAUAAUCGCUCUUUUUCGAUCUCUGCGACAACCCUAAUUACCAAAUCUGUGACGUCGUCUAUAAAGGAAGACGGAAGUAUGCUUCAUGCAUUUAGAUUAGUUCGGACGCAGCCACACCCCUUAGUUCCGUCGACGCAGUUGCCUUCUUCCUUGGGUCGGAAAACUUCUAUCGUUAGAUUCCCGCAAGCAAGGGCCGAGUCCAGGAAACCAGAAAAGCGCGAAAACAUGGACAAGACCCAACACCAGAAAGACAAAUCUGGUGACAGGGCUUUGAUGUCGGAUUCAUUUGGGGAAGGAUACUCCACUCGGAGUGAUGAGGAAGGAUUCGGAGGGAUCUAUGGAGGAAAUCAAGCCCUCCCGAAGUCCGUCGUGGACAAAGCUUGUAACCCAGAAAGCUCUGAUUUUGACAAGACACAAGGGAGUGAAGUGAAAGAGAAGGAGAAAGGGCGACACCAGACCAACGUCGAAUAGAAGAGACGAUCCAUAUCUAUGAUCUCUAUCUUACGUACUGUGAUUUCUGGUUCACUCUGCUGCAAUAUCUGGUUAUAUAUAAAGAGCUAACUACCUGGUUGUUAGAAUAUAAUGAUAUAUAACUGAAGAAGUAGGUACAAUGCAGAAAUUCCAAUUCCACAAAUAAUUGAGUGAGUGAUGUCCAUCUUUAAUUAGUAUAGUGUGCUUUGCUUUUGGAAGACUCGUUAUUUAUUAAGGGCGGGACCAUUCUCCA